GAGGAGGAGGAGGAGGUAAACAAGAAGAAAACGAGGAAGAUGGCGAGACUCAAGGGGAAGGAGCUAGGGCUGUCUUGCAUGUUGAACACAGAGAUUGGGGCUGUCCUGGCAGUGAUGAGGCGGCCUCAUGAUCCAAACUCCCCUUUCCUCCAUGCCCAGGAUGACCACUAUGACACUUCAAUCCUGCAAUCACUGAAAUCCCUGAGAGCCCUCAUAUUCAAUCCUCAACAGGAAUGGCGAACCAUGGAUCCAUCCAUGUACCUCUCCCCGUUCCUGGAUGUGAUACAGGGGGACGACAUUCCUGCUUCUGCAACCGCGCUGGCCCUUUCGUCCAUUCUUAAGAUCCUCAAGCUGGAGAUAUUCGAUGACAAGACUCCCGGGGCCAGAGAAGCCAUCAAUUCAGUUGUGACUGCGGUGACAUGCUGCAGGUUGGAGAGGACUGUCCCGAUUGCUGAAGAUGUGGUGAUGAUGAGGAUUUUGCAGUUGCUGACAAUCAUUAUGAGGCACCCUGCAUCCAUCCUGCUCACGGAUCAUGCUGUUUGCACCAUUGUCAACACCUGUUUUCAGGUGGUUCAACAGUCGGCCAACCGGAUGGAUUUGCUCCAGCGAGGUGCAAGAUACGCGAUGCAAGAUCUGGUGCAGACCAUAUUCUCCCAGUUGCCUGACAUUGAGGUGAAUGAUUGGGAUAAUUCCGAGUCUGACACUGAGGACAGCAAUUUGGAUUCUGGGUAUGGCAUCCAUUCUGCAGUUGAUAUCUUUCAUUUCUUGUGCUCUUUGCUUAAUGUAGCUGAAAAUGUGGAUUCUGAGGGAGUGGCUGCUCAAACUGCUGACGAAGAUGUUCAGCUUUUCGGAAUGGUUUUGAUCAAUUGUACGUUGGAACAGAGCGGCAAUAGCAUAGGAAGCCAUCCCAAGCUUUUGAGGAUGGUGCAGGAUGACCUAUGCCACCAUUUGAUUCACUAUGGAACAAGAUCAAGCCCACUGGUUCUUUCUAUGAUAUGCAGUACUUUCUUGAAUAUCUAUCACUUUCUUCGCAGGUCCAUUCGCCUUCAAAUGGAAGCUUUCUUCACCUUUGUAUUGUUUACUGUUGUGGGUUCGGCAAACUUUGCCCAAUUACACGAAGUUGCAAUUGAAGGAAUUGUGAACUUUUGCAGGCAACCAACAUUCGCAAUUGAAGCCUAUGUAAAUUAUGACUGCGAUCCCGUUUGUUGUAAUGUGUUUGAAGAAAUAGGCAAGGUGCUAUGCAAGCAUGCAUUUCCAGCUGUUGGUGCUUUAACAAGUUUGCAAGCCCAAGCCUUUGAGGGUCUCAUAGUCAUAAUUCACAAUAUUGCCGACAACAUAGACAAGGAAUGCGAUUCAAGCCCUUCGGGGCCAUACCCAGUUGAAGUUUCCAAGUACACUCCUUACUGGGUGGAGAAAUCCAAAGAUGAGAAUGAUUUGGAAGGAUGGGUGGAUUUUGUGAGGGUAAGAAAGGCUCAGAAACGGAAAAUAUUGAUUGCUGGGAACCACUUCAAUCGAGAUGAGAAGAGAGGUUUGGAAUAUCUUAAGUUUUCUAAUUUGGUCUCUGAUCCUCCGGAUCCAAAAGCUUUUGCUAUCUUCUUUCGCUACACUCCCAGACUAGACAAAACCAAGAUUGGAGAUUAUCUUGGGGACCCUGGCGAGUUCAACCUUCGAGUUCUUAAAGAAUUCGCUGACACUUUCAAAUUUUCUGGAAUGAUUCUUGACACAGCUCUUCGUACUUACCUAGAGGCUUUCCGAUUACCAGGAGAGUCUCAAAAGAUUCAGAGGAUUCUUGAACCAUUUUCCGAGAAGUUCUAUGAUCAACAAACAUCAGAAGUAUUUGCAGACAAGGAUGCAGUGCUCGUCCUUUGCUACUCCCUCAUCAUGCUCAACACCGAUCAACACAAUCCACAAGUCAAGAAGAAAAUGACAGAAGAGGAGUUCAUAAAGAACAACAGAGCAAUUAAUGCAGGGAAAGAUUUGCCUAGAGAAUACCUAUCCGAGCUCUUUCAUUCCAUUUCGACAAAUGCAAUCACAGUCUUCAGUCAAUCCGGUUUGCCAGUAGAGAUGAACCCGACCAGGUGGGUUGAGCUGAUGAAUCGGGCCAAACUUAUGCAGCCAUUCGUGUUGUGUGAUUUUGAUCGUAGACUUGGGAGAGAUAUGUUUGCUUCCAUCGCCGGUCCUUCAGUUGCAGUACUCGCAGCAAUCUUUGAACAAGCUGAUGAAGAAGAAAUCUUACAUGAAUGUAUUGAAGGGUUGUUGUCGGUAGCUAGAAUUUCUCAGUAUAGAUUAGAAGACACUCUGGAUGAGCUGCUCGCCUCAUUUUGCAAAUUCACGACACUUUUGAACCCUUAUGCAUCAGCAGAAGAGACCCUUUAUGCUUUUGGCCACGAUAUGAAGCCCAGAUUGGCGACCUUGGCCGUGUUUACUAUUGCAAACAAUUUUGGAGAAUCAAUCCGAGGGGGAUGGAGAAACAUCAUUGACUGCUUGUUGAAACUCAAGAGGCUUAAGCUACUUCCACAAUCUAUCGUUGAGCCCGACAACUUUUCCACCUCAUCUUUUGACCAUGAGACAAACCCAAGAUCUGAGUCGGGUGUGCUCUUUCGUGGUCAAAGCCUGAAACGUGGGCAUGCUCGCAAGGGCUCUAGCAUGAUUGGUCGAUUUUCGCAGUUCCUGUCAAUGGAGAACGUAGAGGAAAACUUAAAUCUUGGGGUGAGUGAAUUUGAGCAGAAUUUGAAGGUGAUCCAGCAAUGCCAAGUUGGGAACAUCUUCAGUAGUAGCUCAAAAUUACCAGAAGAAGCUCUACUGAAUCUGGGGCGGUCCCUGAUAUUUGCUGCUGCUGGGAAAGGCCAGAAGUUUAGCACACCAAUUGAGGAAGAAGAAACAGUAGGAUUCUGUUGGGAUCUGGUCCAAAUUAUUGUAUUUGCCAACAUUCACCGGUUCACCACAUUUUGGCCGCAGUACCAUGAUUACUUGUUGGCGGUCACUCAAUUCCCCCUGUUUUCCCCCAUCCCCUUUGCAGAGAAGGCCGUUAUAGCCCUUAUAAAGAUCGGCCUCAGGCUCCUCGCUUCGUAUCAAACGGAAAAACUACCCGAGGAACUCAUUUUCAAAUCUAUAAAUUUCAUGAUGAAGUUGGACAAGGAAAUCAUCGAGACCUGUAGCGAUUUCCUUGCACAAUCAGUGAGCAUAAUGAUCACGGAGUACCCCGCAAACUUGCAAACUGCACUUGGAUGGAAGUCAGUCCUGCAUUUGUUGUCGAUCCUUGGUCGGCUCCCACAAGCCUAUGAUCGGGGAGUUGAGACACUCAUAACGUUGAUGUCUGAUGGGAGUCACGUUUCGCGUGUCAACUACAAUUAUUGUAUUGAAUGUGCAUUUGGGUAUAUUGCACUGAAGAACACUCCAUUAGAGAAGAACCUGAAGAUAAUGGACAUGAUGUCGGAUUCUGUCAAAUUGCUGGUCCAAUGGUACAAAAGCGAUCAGUACUCUGAUCCUGGGAGCACCGUUAAUAUGUCGAGUGCCACCAGUGGCUCUUGUGUGGAAGAUAACUCGAAAGCCAUCAUCACCUUUUUCGUGAAGCUUGGGGAAGCUCUGCGAAAAACUAGCUUGGCACGGCGAGAAGAGAUCAGAAACCACGCAAUCCUGUCUAUGCAAAAGAGUUUCAAACUAGCCGAGGAGCUAUCCUUCACACCCGCAAACUGCAUCUACUUCUUCAACCUUGUGGUGUUUGCCAUGGUGGACGACCUACACGAGAAAAUGCUCGAGUACUCGAGGCGGGAGAACGCGGAGAGGGAGAUGAGGAGCAUGGAGGGGACUCUGAGGAUUGCAAUGGAGCUGUUGACAGAAGCGUACUUGCAGUUCUUGAAAACAAUCUAUGAGAGUUCAAACUUUAGGACAUUCUGGCUGGGAAUCCUGAGAAGAAUGGACACUUGCAUGAAGGCUGAUUUGGGGGAGUAUUAUGGGCAGUCUAGAGUGCAAGAAAUUGUUCCCGAGCUGUUGAAGAAGAUGAUCACGACCAUGAAAGAAAAACACAUCUUGGUCAGGAAGGAAGGUGAUGAUCUAUGGGAAACUACCUACAUCCAGAUACAGUGGAUUGCUCCCUCCCUCAAGGACGAUCUAUUUCCAGAAGAGGAGUUUUGA